GUCAUGUUUCACGUGAUGUCGGGUAACGUCCGUGCGCUUUAGCGCCUCAAGUGGCCGAAUCAUGUAAAUCACGUCAGGUGCUAGAACUAUUGAUUGCGCGGCAGAACACGAGCAGUAACGUCUUAUCUUUGUAAGUCCAGAACUGUUGUUUCCCUGUGCUGCCUGCUUCGUAAUAAGCGUUUAAAUCCGCUGGACAGUGACUAAGAAAGAUGCCGAAGAAAGGCAGCGACUCGACGCCGGGUUUAACAGCUCCACGAUGGGAAGAAGUUCAAGAUUUCUGCAACCCUGACAAACUGUUGUUGUGCCCAUAUGACCCUCAUCAUCUGAUCCGGGCCUGUCGGUUCCCAUACCAUCUCAUCAAAUGCAGGAAGAAUCAUCCUGAAUUGAUUGGCGAGUUAUGGACUUGUCCGUUCAAUGCACGCCACUUGAUGAAGAAACACGAGCUGUCCCAUCACAUCUCGACCUGUGUGGACAAGUGCUCUGUUAAUGUUACCUGCGUGGCCAGUGACAAGACUGAUGGCAAGUUUCAAAUCCCGGUGAGCACCUGGACUGCGCCUGUUUGUGAUGAAGAUUGGGAUGAAGAGGUGGACAAGCAUGUAACGUCAGUGCCAUCUUUUGUCGUGGAUGCGUCCAAACCUCUCAGGGAAAACCCCAGCACUUCCAGCAAUGUGAUUGCCGGUCUCCGAGCACCACGGGUUCUUCCCUGGAUGAGCAGCUGUACAGGUUUUUUUUAGGGUUUUUUUGUGUGUCAACCUUGUCAAGAGUAUUCCUGUACAGUGUUGGUUCUUGUAUACGUCACUAGUUCUUGCAGUGACAAAUUAGUUUCCUCAUCUUCAGUUUAGUUUCCCAAAGGUGGAGCAGCAAAGAGGGUUUAGGUUCUUAGCUGUGUUUACACCGCACAAAAGAAAAGCUUAUGACCAGGAUAUACAGAAUACAAGACUUUAAUUCAUGUGUUUUUGCUUUGUGCCUGUAAUUCUACCUCUGUGGUCUGUUAGG